AUGCUGAGAGUUCCCGCCAUUUUUCAAAACAUUGGAAUCUCACACUUCCCAACUUCACUCUCUGAUUUCCACAAAAAUCUUACAAGCUUCUCCAAAUGCUUGGUGGGUUUGAUGAAUUACACCAAAUUGACCACCCCAUCUUACAAGUCACUGCUCUCUGAUCACUUAAGGAACCAAAAACUCAACGAAGCUCGUCUAGUUUUCAAUGAAAUCCCUUUUCCGAGUGUUAGUUUGUACACCAUGAUGAUUACGGGCUAUUCGAGACAACAUAGGCUUGAUGAUGCUCUGAAACUGUUCUACGAAAUGCCUGUGAAAGAUACAGUGUGUUGGAAUUCAAUGAUGAAAGGGUGUUUGGAUUGUACGACGAUUAUGAAUGGGUUCUUGCAGUUUGGUGAUGUUCAGAUGGCAGAACGCUUGUUCCGCGAGAUGCCUGUGAGGGAUGUGGCCGUGUGGAAUUCAAUGGUUCAUGGAUACUUUAGUAAUGGACGAGUGGAAGAUGCUAAAAACUUGUUUAAGCUAAUGCCUUGUAAGAAUGUGAUUUCAUGGACUUCGAUGAUUGCCGGGCUUGACCAGAAUGGGAGGACAGAUGAAGCUUUGCUGCUAUUUUGGGAGAUGAUGGGUUCUGGUGUACAGCCCACUUUGACCACAUUUGUGUCUGUAGUGACAGCUUGUGCAAAUUUGUUGCGUUUACAUUUAGGUGUUCAGAUUCAUGGUCAGAUUGUCAAGUUAGGGUACUGCCUUGACGAGUUUGUAGCUGCUUCACUUAUAACACUCUAUGCGAACUGCAAGCAAAUUGAGAAUUCUUACAAGGUUUUCAAGGAGAGUUUACAUAAAAAUGUGGUAGUGUGGACAGCUCUUUUAACAGGAUAUGGUUUGAAUUGUGAACACGAAGAAGCGUUAAAGGUUUUCAGGGACAUGAUGAAAUUGGGUGUCCUUCCAAAUCAGUCUUCUUUCACUAGUGCUUUGAAUUCAUGUUGUGGAUUAGAAGAUCUUGAUAAGGGCAAGGAGAUUCAUACAACAGCUAUUAAGCUAGGUUUUGAAAAUGAUGUCUUUGUCGGCAAUUCUCUUAUUGUCUUGCAUACCAAAUGUGGAAAUAUAAAUUAUGGAGUUGCUAUAUUUAAGAGAAUUGGUGACCACAAUAUUGUAUCAUGGAACUCAACGAUAGUUGGAUGUGCAGAACAUGGUUGUGGCAUGUGGGCUUUGACUCUCUUUAGCCAAAUGAUACGUGCAGGUGUCAUGCCAGAUGAAAUUACAUUCACAGGGUUGCUUUCUGCAUGUAGCCAUUCUGGGAUGUUGCAGAAAGCAAGACGCUUUUUCAAGUUUUUCUCGCAGCAUAAGUCUGUUGAGGUGAAACUUGAGCACUAUGCAUGUAUGGUGGAUGUCUUAGGACGAUGUGGUAAGUUGGAGGAAGCAGAGGAGCUGAUAAAGAACAUGCCUGUGCAAGCCAAUAAGAUGGUGUGGCUAACUCUACUUAGUGCUUGUCAGAUGCAUUCCAAUUUGGAUGUGGCUGAAAGAGCUGCAAAAAGCAUUGACGAUUUAGUACCAGACUGUAGUGAUGCUUUUGUUAUGCUAUCUAAUUUAUAUGCUUCUACAAAUAGAUGGAGUGAUGUCGCCAGAAUUCGAGAGAAGAUGAAACAUAGUGGAACUGUAAAACAACCUGGCUCCAGCUGGGUUACUUUGAAGGACUGAGGCAUGCAUUUCUUUCUGGAGAUAGGUUGAAGCGAGCAAAUUCAUCAAAAACUGGAUUGGUUACAAGGCAAAUCAAAGAAACUUGGUUUUGUUCCUGAUCAACAGUUUGCAUUUCAGGAUGUUGAGGCUGAACAAAAGGAAGAGAUGUUGUCUUACCACAGAAAGAGACUAUGAUCUAUGAAAGGAGAUCAAAAAUGGUUUGAGUGGGUUUUGGCAGACCAGUUGAGCUAGUGAAGAUAUUAACCAAAGAUACUUGGAUGAAAAAACCGCCACUUGUGCAUUCAAACAAUUUUCUUUACCUAACCAUCUUUGCAUGUUUUGCUUCUCUAAUAUUGCAGAGAGUAAUUUCAGCCCAUAGAGGAUGCUGUAAUGUAAUGAGUUUAGGUCCUUAAGAACUGUCACAGAAGUUUUACAACCAUAAAGCAUGUCGUUCUGUGGUGUCCAUCGAAGGCCAGGUGAUCCCAUAUAGCAUGUUCCAAUGAUGUACUGAUGUACACCACCUUCAAGCAUAAAGGAGU